AACGGAGGGCUGCUGGGCAGCGACGGCAAGAAAUGUGCAAGUUGAUGGUUUCAGCAGUUUUACAACGCCGUUCGCCCCCCAGAUCGAAUGAAGAAGUUCCGACGAAAAUUUCGUUCAGGAAGCAUGGACCAUGGCAGUUACAUCGGCGGGUGGUGACUUUUAACCUGUUGGGGUUAAGAAAGUAGGCGGAUAAAUGAAAACAUCGUUCCAUCAAACGUCGCAGGAAUGCGCGUGUAUGUGUUUGUGCUUUAACUCGGGGCUUAAACUUCGAUGGCGCGCGGGAGCGCGAAAGACGUUUGGCGGCAGCGUUCAAAUCCGCGCCCGCGGGGCAGUCGCGCCGUAGCGCCUUCUAGAUAAGUCAUGUGCAGUUUCAACGUGGACAUAUCGUCUGCAAGUGGGGUAUCGUCUGCUCCGCUCUUCCGGUCUCAGCAGCAAGUCCGCUCUCUCUCUCUCGCUCGCCGACACCGUCACCUUCUUUAACUUUCACCCCAAUUAUGUUAAGGGAAGGACCAGCCUCUUCCAACUGAGAGACCUGCACCUCGACUGCGCUCGGCUCGGCCAUGCUGCCACACUCCUUCAUGCGCUCCGCGCUGCGAACAGCGCACUGCGGCCCGCUCGGCGGUGUCAUCGUCCCAAAACAACAGGUUAGGUUGCCGUCAGCUGUGGACUUCAGCACGGCUGGGAGCAACGCUGGCAGCCAGCAAAACGCUGUCGAGGAUGCCCUCUCCCCUGGAAACGUCCUCAGCGCCGCCAGUCGAGAGGCCUGCCUCCGUCGUUUGAGCAGAAUGUCAAGUCUGAGGCCGCCGUCGGCGCCCCCACCAGGGGCCGCCAAGCCCAAGGAGGCUGCAAUCUUGGUGUCUUUGUGCCUGGUCGGCGACGAGGUGUGUCUCCUCUAUACGCUGAGGUCGCCUCACAUGAGCUCUCACCGUGGCCAGGUGUCCUACCCUGGUGGCAUGAAAGAUGACGAAGACGCAGACCAUGAAGCCACUGCGCUGAGGGAGACGGAAGAAGAGCUGGGCAUUUCCAGAGACCAGGUCGAGAUCUGGGGACGCUGUCCUCCCAUGGAGUCAGCAAACCGUGUCACUUGUCAACCUAUUAUAGGGUACCUGGGUUCUGUGGAUGUCAAUCGGUUAGAAUAUAACCCGAAAGAAGUAGGGGAUGUCUUUACUAUUCCACUCCGAUACUUAUGUGAUGAGAACAAUUUCAGAUACACCCAGUUUCGUACUGGGAAGGGGUAUGUAAUACCUGUGUUCCUGGGAGGAAAAUAUAAAGUGUGGGGUCUGACAGCUGGAGUCACACACAUUUUUCUUAGUGCUCUCUUACCUACAAUAUAUAAGAACAAAGUACAUUAUAUAAAGCCCAUUAAGUUCUAGUCUUGCUUCCUACCUCUAUUCAAACAAAAAUUUUUUGCAAGUUUGUCUUCCAAUGCUUAGAGUGUUUAUUUUAAAUUACAAUUUAUCCAAUUUAGUUGUUUUAUUUGUAAGAAUGUGAUUUAAUUUAUUAAGUUCAAGCUGAUCUCUUCCUUUUAGGCUCUGGAUACGCCAAAGAGAGAAACUCUCAAAAGCAAGCAAGCCGUAAAGUGUGGGACUAACCAAGGCAGCAACAGUUAAUUUUGCUCCUCUGGUGAAAUUAAGGAACUUGUAAAACCUAGUUUAAAACAUCAUGUUUUUUGGUGGACCAAUUAAUAUUUGUUGUUAAAUAUUGUGAUAUCCAAUGUAGGAUUUGCCAAAGGAAACAAUACAAGUUAACUUCUGUGACAGUCGGCCUAGUAGAAGUAAAUGAUAUACGUAGGUAAUACCGUAGAUACAAACUGUUCUAGCAGCAAGUGACAGACUGUUCAAAAUUAUUAAUACUUUCACAUGUUUUUUAUUUGUUUAGUAGUGCAUGGUAAAUUGAUGACUUUUUCUAAUUUCCCUGUAGUAAAGAUACUGAGAAUUUCUCUCAACGUUGUUCUGGCUGUCAAACUGUAGAGAAAGUGUUUUUUUCUUGUUUUUUUUUUAAUCUAACAGUUAUUUUACACUGUUAUUUUAUAUGUUACCAUGACAUUUGGAUCAAGGCAGCAGGCUGCUUGAAAUGGCCAUGAUAAAUUAAACCCUAAGUACAUUUGUACUCAAGCAGGACUUGAGCUUACAGGAAUGUAUAUUUUUUUAAGAUAACAAAGAGGGAAAACUGUUGUUUACAGAGUCCUACACAGGAUUAAAUUUUGUAAGAACUGCUCACAAAAUUGCUUCUUCAAUUUUACCUCAUUAAGACUGUAUUUCAACCCAUGAAUUGAUAUAAUUAAUAAACCAAAUGUACAUGUUA